UGGCAUUUAUCUUUACAAGCUGUACCUCAAAAGUGGAGAACAUAUCAAUUUGUACAAUUCUACAUUUAAAGUUGUUAUUAUAAACAGUGACCAGACCACCUCCACGACCAGUAGCCCUAGGGGAAUUCAUGAGGCUGCAGUGAGGAGGGCAGAGUUCACCAAGUGGAAUGACGUCAUUUCCGCUGAGCCAAGACUCCGUUAUAAACAAAAAGUCCAGGUGAUGAGACGUGAAGCGGUCGUUUAAAAUGAAAGUCUUGUUACAGAUAGAUUGUGCGUUCAAUAACGCACAUUUGACGGGAGGAGGGUCUUGCGCAUGCUGCAGAACUUCCUGCGGUGAACCAGCUGUGAGAACCUUUACCUUCGGAUGAAGGUCUUUCGGCGGUUCAGGCACAGUCUGACAUGGUGAUGUGACAUUCUCAGCAGCUCCAUCGAAGUUGUCCAAGAUGUGAGAGACAGAUUCUCGCUGCGUUGUUGGUCGCUGUAGAUUCUCCACUGACACUGUUGGGAGCGAGUUGAUUGCGGGAGCGGACUGCUCUGGAAAACCGCGUUGAUUAGGCAAGAAAUCCCAUGGAGAUGAUGGAGGGAUGCUUUCGUCUGUCGCACGGAUGAUAGAGCGACGUGCGCCUCUGUGCAGGUAGCGUUUCCGCCGGAGGAUCCCCGCUGCCCGGCAGAGGUGGAGCACCUCGAUGUUGAUGGUGUCGGUGGAGGCGAACUGUCGAAGUUCAAGGGGUGUGUACUGAAAGCCCCCCAUAGCCAAAACACAAACUCCGACACGGCUUGAUGCAUCAGCCAGUCCAAAGUGUGCAAUUUAAUCACCUAGCUAGCACGAAGCUUCAAUCUCCGGCUGGUCAGUCAACCGACUAAACCAGCGCUGGACAGUCAACCGACUAUAUGAACCCAGCGUAUUCAGGAUAGAAAAGGAGGAGAGGAGCUGAGCAAGAGGAGCUGAAAGGACCAGGCCAGCUCCAUGGCUACCGUUCGAUGUGGCAGACAUUGCGCCAGAAGUACUCUCUGACAGUGAGAAGGGAUGAUGUCAUGGCUUUGAUGAGACAGGUUGAUCCCUCAGGAGUUCAACUUCGUGCAAGUCAAAGAUUUGUAAGGAGAGUUUACAGCUCCCUUGGACCAAACUAUACCUGGCAUGUUGACGGGUAUGACAAAUUAAAACCAUACGGUUUGGCUAUUAGUGGCUGCAUAGAUGGAUACUCCCGCAAAGUACUGUGGUUGGUGUGUGGAGCAAGCAACAAUGACCCAGGGGUCAUUGCUCAAAACUAUAUACGUUGCGUCUCAGAAGGUGGAGUCAUACCAAUGAGGCUUCGAACAGACUGUGGCACUGAAAAUGGCACGAUGGCAGCAAUCCAGUGUACCUUAAGAUCACCUUACACUGAUGUUUUUGCUGGGGCUGCCAGCCAUAUAUAUGGGACCUCAAUGGCAAACCAGAGAAUUGAAAGCUGGUGGUCAUACUUCCGAAAACAAAGAUCUCAAUUCUGGAUGGACCUCAUGAGUGACCUGAGGGAGAGACAUCUGUUCAAUGGCAGCCAUGAGCACACAUGCCUAGUGCGGUUUGUGUUCUUGGGUGUGCUACAGGGAGACCUUGAUGAAUGCAGGAGGAAGUGGAAUACCCAUACCAUCAGACCUGUUCGUCUGUCUCGUUGUCCAUCUGGUAAACCAGAUGUCAUUUACAACCUACCUCACAGGUUUGGCGGAACCGACUGUGGGUUUCCAGUCUCACAGGAGGAAUUGGGCCAGUUUGCGGUUGAGUCAACCUACAGUCUAUGUGGAGAUGCCCAGCUCCAGGCUUACUUUGAGGACCUACAGAGACAAAGUGGUCUAGUGCAGCCUUUGACCUGGGAGUCCUGUGUGGAGAGCUACAUCAGAUUGAAGAACAUGGCUGAAAUGUAAUGAAAUGUUCUACCGACUGGGAAGCGAGAUGUCCAGUUAAACACCAGUAUGGGUUGAGGCUGAAUUCCUGAGGGAGGCACUGUGUUCAGUCCUGUGGCAAACAUGAGGAUGUUCUGGAGGGAGAGUGCUGUUUGGUUAUCUGAAAGAAGUAUAGAUUUUGAUUGUAAAAUAUAAUUUCAAUGCAACUGCA